AUGAUUUCUUUUCGCGCCGCGCAUCAUCAUCCGUCGUCGUCGUCUUUCUCGUCGUCCUUUCAAACAGGACGCAACAAAAUCAGGGCGGUGACAAAGACGAUGCGAAAAGGUCUUGGUCUUUGUCUUCUCCUUCUUCUGUGCUUCGAAAAGCGCUCUCCACCACCUUUCGCCCUCGCUUUCGAAAACGACGACAAAAACGGGUCGGCGGAAACUGACGUCGCCAAAUUUCUGGGUUACGCGUCCCCGGAGAAACUGUUCGGGAAGCAGUCGUUUUUGGCAAAGUUGCAGCACAAGCUGGAAGCGCCGAAACUUAGAGGGAUGGCGAGUUUCGUGCCGAGGCAGAAGCUCGAGGGAGAGGAAGAGCCAAAGGAGAGUUUUGGGUUCAAGAGAGAAGCGUACAUUGGCGGUCAGUUUAUAUCCGGAGCUUCGCCGGAUUUGGACGUCGGGGUUGUCGUCAGAGUGCCGCGCGCGGCGUUUGCGGAAAAAGGCGAGUUGGAGAAGUUGACGGGGACUUCCGCGGAGUGGUUCGUGUUCGGAGAUAAGAAUCCAGGGGAGAGAGUGGAGCACGAGAGCGAGACGUCGGUGGUGUUUGCGAAGCUUCGAACGCCGGAACGUGGCGAGUUUGAGUUGCCUUUGAGGUUUCGUGCGAGGUACGCGAAGCCGGUAUUUCGAAACAAGACUGAAGAAAAAGCGGCGGAACGAGGAGGAGCAAAGUCUGCGGAAGAGAUGAAAAGGAGCGAGAAUGAUGUGAACAGUAGUAGUAAUAGUAAUACUAUCAGCAGCAGCAGCAGCGAGGCCAAUACAGAAGAAAGAGGAAAAAGAGAGGGAGGAGAGGAGAAUGAGGAACCGAAAUGGAGCAAGACGCACUCCCGUAUUGUGUUCCCGAAUGUCGUCAUUCUCGCACGACGUGAAGACGAUACCGGACCGUGGACCAGAGUUGGCGAGUUGGAAAUGAGAGGAUCUUGGUAUGUUCCCAUCGCGUAUUCAAAUCAAGCCAUCGGCGUGAAGAUGAUGAGUAUAAUUAUUACCCUCGGCGCCGGAGCAUUAGUAUUCAAAGCGAUUAGGCAAAAAAUAGUAGAAGAGCAUUACGGUUUGAACCGCUCGUCGUCGAUCCCAUCGUUGAAGAAAAGCAGGUCGAAGAAGAAGAGAAAUUAA